UUUCGUCCUACCUCUAACGAUGUGUAUCGAUUAAACUUUCAUUUCGUUUGUUCAAUAUAUUUGUCUGAUCCAUAUACAGUUUAGUUUAGAUGGUUCCAAGGUGCUUCACUAGACUAAAUAGUUUUUAAUUACUUAUCUUUUGUAAUACUGGAAAUAAUAUUACUUUUGAAUACCCUUUUUAAAUCUAUUAUGGAUGCCUCAAUACCUGUAUACGAGAAGCCCCAUUCUCGCCUUAGUGUCCUAGAUUGGACUCGAAAUAUACAAAGGCUGCAAAACGAAGCGAGAUUACGUCGCUUUGAAUCUUAUGAGCUACGUCAGAGGGCAAAUCAACUUCGAAACGAGACUUCAGUGACUACUAGAUGGGACAAUUAUGUUAAUAACGAACUGUUAAGAGAUAGAACAUUCGAAGUAGAGUCAUGGCGAGAAAAUCAAAGAUUCACUCGAGAGCAGGUAAGAGAUGAGAGUAGAGCGCUACAAGAAGAGAAGAACGCAACUGAACUUCAACUGGAAUCACUCCAAGUACCUCUGAUGGUGAGUUCUCAGUGUCUCUCUAAUCGAGACCAGAGACUUCCACCUGAGUUGACGAGGGAUACGUUGGGAGAGGAGUUGAAUAAGGAGUUACACAUACUAGAGAACAGCAAACGUGUUCUAACAGACGUAUGCCAUAUGGGCUGGGAGAAAUUAAAAGAAUUAACUAAUGUCUUCUGUCGGUUAGAGCGAGAGAUACAGAACAAGGAUGACGCAUUAGACAUAGAUCGCCACGUGAAACAGCUGGACAGAUACAGUUCUGAUAUUUCGUUUAAGAUCGACCCUACAAGGGUACCGCCUGAAUCAAUAACAGAAGAAAGCUACGUUCACUGCAUAGAAAAUACUAUAAAAAUAGCUGAGCAGCUGAUGAGAGAAUCUAAAUCGUUACGAGAGACUAUGUUUAGAAGUCGUGAACAGGUCAAGAACCAGUUGUAUGCGCAAUGUCAGGACGUGGAGAUGGUGAUGAGGAGAAGGGUAUUUGAUAUACAGAGGGCCAGAAAUGAAAUGGAGUGGCAGAAACUGAAGUUGGAGCAAAAUCUCGCCAAGGUAGAGCGAGAAAUAGAAUCUCUACGAGCGGCCGUUGCUGAUAAAAUAAAUCCAACUAAGUUGGUGGAAACCCGCCUGGAAGCCAGAACAAGACGACCUGUUUUAGAGAGAGUGCAGGAUAAGCCAACGCGUGGUCUGAUAGAAGAGUACGAGAGAGUUCAUACAAGCACCAGUACGUUGGAGAAGAAACUAGAAGAUGCACUUUCCACAUACCACGGCAUGCACAGCCAUUACCAAAGGGUAACCAAAGACCUGCAGUACAAGAACCAGGCUCUAGAGACGGACAGGCGGCUGGUGGAGAUUCGGAAACCACUCCAUCGAUCUGAUGAUACCGAGUUUCAAAGGAAUGUUGGUUAUUGCCAUAUGAGUGAUGAAUUGGUGACAGACUAGGAAGAGUCUAUAUUUACACUUUAAUCACUAACGGGUAUCCAUUAUCUUUUGGGUCGUCCAUUAUCUCUAAUAUAUCAAAUAGAUUAAGGAUUAUUAUAUCUGAAAAACGAGUCGAGACGUGAUUUCGACGUUUCAUAGAGCCUAAAGUAAGAUCAAGUAACAUUGCCAUAAGUUUACAGUUUGCCUCCAUUUGUUCGAUUCCUCUAGAUAUAUUGAGGGCUUGAAGAUUCUUAAUUAAGUGGUUCCCCCGUAUCAUAAAGUUGUUGAUUAACUACGUAAAAACUAUUUAUAAAACAAAACGUUAGAAUUGCUUUGAAAUACUUGAUUAUAUUAUAAAUGUUACGAAUGUGUAAUUUAUAAUUAGAUACUAUUUAAUGUGUUCAUUAUAUUAUAAGAGUAGUAUCAAUUUAGGAUCCAACAGCUCGAUCUUGUCUGCCUUGGUACUAAGGUGUGAAAUUUAAUAGGCCUACUCUCUUAUAGUUGACAAGUAAUAAAAAAUAGCACAGCGAAAUUUAAUGACCAAUUUAUUAAUAGCUUUUUGUAUAUUUCAGUGAUAUUUUCGAGUUAGACUUAAAUUUAUUGAAAUGUUUACUUACGAAACUCAUGAGCACGGCGGAUUGGAGCAUAAAUAAAACAAGUUAGUAUUAUAAAAAUAAUGUUCUGUAGUAUUUAGUCUAGGCAAAUGAACCUCGUGAUACAUAGACGCGAGGAUAGGUGGUUAUUUAAUAUUAAAAAUGAUUAUUAUAAAAUAUUUAUUUAACACAAUAUUGGUGCACAUUAAAUAUAUUAGUAC